CAACGAUUAUCUUCUAAAGGCCGAUUUGAAGCCACGCCUCCUCGGACAGUAUUCACAGCCUUUCCGUAUUCACGACACUGCUGAUUGCUGUUGUUUCUAUGUGUGCCUGACAACUUGAUAUCGUAUCAUAUCUAUAUGUCUUUUCGUAGAGCGAGUGGUUAUCGAGACGAUGUCUACAUCCAGAGGAUUGUUGGAGAGGUUGGCAGAAGGUCCUGUGGUUGGUGAUGGUAGUUUUGUUAUGACCUUAGAGAAGAGGGGAUAUGUCAUGGCUGGUAAAUGGACACCAGAAGCCUGUAUACAAUACCCUGGUGCAGUGAGGCAACUUCAUCGUGAGUUUCUUCGAGCUGGUGCUGAUAUCAUGCAGACAUUCACAUUCUAUGCUUCGGAAGACAGACUCAAAAUCCAAUGUUCUGAAGAAAAUGGUAGCGUUAAUUGGGAAUCUGUGAACGAGGUGGCGUGUGAUCUCGCUCAUGAAGUAGCAGCCGAAGGCGACGCCCUGGUCGCAGGAAGCCUCUCACCUGUAGCUAAAUACGAAGAUGGGAAGGGAACGAAAGAGGAUGUCCAGAAUGAGUUCAGAAAACAAUGUGAUGUCUUUAUCAGGAAAAAGGUUGAUUUCCUUCUUGGUGAGUUUUUCGCGCACACAGAGGAAGCUGAAUGGGCGAUUGAGGUGAUGAAGUCUUAUGGGAUACCAGUGGCUUGUACUAUGAGAAUGGGCGUGGCUGGUGAUGAGAUGGGCGUGGCUCCUGCUCAAUCAGCUGUUAGACUGGCUAGAGCAGGUGCCGAUGUGGUAGGAGUAAAUUGCUGCUACGAUCCAGACAUCGCACUCGCUGCUAUAGCUAAGAUGAAAGAAGGCCUUAAUGAGGCAGGACUACAGAAUUAUCUAAUGAUCCAACCCGUUGGCUUUCAUACCCAGGAACUAAAGGACGAACCCAAAGGCUACACUGCUCUUCCAGAAUUUCCUUUCGCAUUGGAGCCUCGUAGUUUGACGAGGAUCGAUGUACACAAGUACGCUCGCCGUGCCUAUGAUCUAGGGGUUAGGUACAUCGGAGGAUGUUGCGGGUUCGAACCUCAUCAUAUCAGAGCUAUAGCCGAAGAGCUCAAAACUGAACGAGGACAUGGCAUACCAGGUGCAGAUCAAUUUGACAAUUUCGAAGGAUUGAAAAGAAGUCAUAAAGAAACCCAACAAAAGAGAGCUACAGCGGAAUACUGGAUGAACCUCAAACCAGCCGCGGGUCGUGAAUGGAUCACAAAGCUUGCUACAUUGGAUUCUUAACAACAUUCAUCCAUAAACACAGGCCUUUCUCGAACACUAUAUAUAUGCUCCCCCCCCCCCCCCAAAAAAAGAGUGAAUUCGUUGAUUAAUGGGUUAUAUAUAUAUAGACUGGCCAAAUUAGCCAUUAUGAGAGGAGGAGGAUACGAAUAGAUAUACAGUGAACAAGAACGUGAUUUAUUGAAAUAAAUGUCAAUACAGGAAUUAAAGAUGUGAAUUAAUCUGAUGAUUGCUAAAUAUUUUGUUAGUUUUUGUCGGAUCGACACAAUAAUUAUGAGAAGGGAAAGGCGAGACCUGAUUAGACACAAUUUGCCAAACAGUUGAAUAAUGCAAAUGUGAUUAGCAAUUUUGAAGAACAAAGUUUCAUGCAAUUUAAAGACACAUGAGCAAGUUUUAUGAAAAUUUCAGCUCUAAAAUUUAUAAUCCCGCCUUCCCUUGUAAACAUAACUUAGAUGAUUAUCAUAUAAGAAAGAAGGGGUAUUAUCUUAAUUACAGCGGCUUAACCAAAUGAUUUCAGUGAGGAUACCGGAAGAGAGGGGAGAUAUCAGAGAAAAUUGUAGCGGAGCGUUAAAUUAUAUUUUGCUGAUAUUUUGUGUCCAUUUUUCUGUGAGAGAAAGCGAAAAGAUAAAGAGUUUACAUUGAAAGAGAUGGUGCCAAGCUUUAUAGUAUUACAGUUUUCUUUUUGGUGGGAGGCAGGGCGGGGCAGCGGAGAUUUGUAAGGAGCACGUGCCCCGAGUGCCCCUUGACUAUAAGUCGCUACUUUCUUUGGUUGUUAUACCUAUGCUGUGUUUCGUUUUCUGCUCUAGGUAUCUUUGGACAGUAAUGAUACAUUCUAUUUUCACAUUCAGUAAAUACAUAAUACAAGUCAAAUUAAAACUCUCGUCACCAGUAAUAUAUUCUAUCUGUAGCCCCCCCCCCCCCCAAAGGAUUAAUGCUCGUUUGGGACCAAUGCUUUUAGGACAAGAAGCAGUAGAUAAUUCCGUGGCUCGGCAGUCUUGAGCCUCCGAUGUACCUGAGAUUAAUAAUUUGAUGUAUGUACCGUCAUAAUAAAUAGAUAUAUAAAGAAAUCAA